AUGAUGUUUAGGGAAUGGUCAGAGAAUGGUCAGCUUUGGAUUCAGCGGGUAUCAAGCACGCCAGCAACUCGCCUUGAUGUGGUAAAUUUGCAAGAGGAGCUUGAUCGUAGGUUGCAACAAAGACAAGCAAGAGAAACGGGUAUUUGUCCUGUUCGACGUGAAUUGUAUUCGCAGGUAAUUGAUGACAACAUAUUAUAUGCGAAGCUGCAGGUGUUCGAUGAACUCAUCCGUCAAGUUACGAUAAAUUGUGCGGAAAGAGGUUUGCUUCUGCUACGAGUCCGCGAUGAAAUCCGGAUGACCAUAGCCGCGUAUCAAACACUCUAUGAAUCAAGUGUUGCUUUCGGUAUGCGAAAAGCUCUACAAGCAGAACAAGGCAAAGCUGAUUUAGACAAAAGGAUUCUCGAAUUGGAGCAAGAAAAACGAGACUUGGAGAGGCAGGUGAAUGAACUAAAGGCAAAAUGCGAACAAAUCGAAAAACGGGCUGCAGAACAAAGGCAGGUGGAGGAGAAGAAGCAUCAGGAUGAAAUUCAGUUUUUGAAACGAAACAACCAACAACUAAAGACCCAAUUAGAUGGAAUUAUGAAUCCAAAAUAA